GUGCAUGUAUUUUUACAUGCAGCACAGACUCUGUAACUUCCUCGAACAACCCAAGUGAUUCUUGAAGUGCAAACUGCGAAUAGCUGGAUACAUUGUAAAUCACGAAAGAGCUAAUGUUUCUUUUUCAGUCCUUUGCUGCCUUUGUAGCAUCCAAGCAGGAAGCAAGUCUCGAGGUGGUGGGCAGUCCAUCCUGGUGCUGCUGUGGCUGUGUGUUUGCUGAGCAAGCUGCUAUUCACCAACACGUCGCCAGACUGCAUGGCAGUGAAAUUCAACAGCUGGCACGAGCCCAGUACAAUCACUCGCUUAACAAAGGCCAAGAAGAAAAAGACAACGCCAAACCACACAAUGAAAGCUCGUCCAUGGAGGUCACUGCGUGGAUGCCAGACAUAAGUCACAUUCCCGAGGAGCAGCUCGAGAAAGGCCCCGGCAAAGUUCUGCUUUACUAUCGCUACUGCCACGUGGAGGAGCCGCAUAUUGUCUGCGCUUGGCAGAGAGCUUUAUGCCAGCGCCUCCAUCUAACUGGCAAGGUACGCAGCUAUCCUGACUAAAAGGUAAAUGCAAUGGUGGGAAGCUGAAGUGGAUUUUCAGGUAUCAAUA